GCCCCGUCGCCCGGCAAGGGCAGGAAGGCGAAGCGGGGCGGCGCGGCGGGAGGAGGAGGCCAUGCGGCUGCGGCGGCGGCGCUGGCCCGCGUCGGGCACACGGACAGCAGCUCCGACCUCUCCGACUGCCCCUCCGAGCCGUUGUCCGACGAACAGCGCCAGGUCCCGGCUGCCAGCAGCGACGCCGAGUCCGGCACCGGCUCCAGCGACCGCGAGCCGCCCCGCACCGUCCACAUCCCCGGACGCGGAGCACCGCUGCCGCUCCCCGGUCCUCGCGGGGAACUCACGGCCUCGGGCGCGGGGAGAGCGCCGAGCCGCGGGGAGCAGCGGGCAGCCCCAGAGGAGCUGCAGCGGGAGGUGGAGGAGCUGCGCUCGGAGAACGAGUACCUCAAGGAUGAGCUGGAUGAACUGCGGGCUGAAAUGGAAGAAAUGCGCGACAGUUAUUUGGAGGAAGAUGUUUACCAGCUGCAGGAGCUCCGGCGAGAGCUGGACCGGGCAAACAAGAAUUGCCGCAUUCUGCAAUAUCGUCUCAGGAAAGCAGAACAGAAAAGCCUGAAAGUUGCACAAACAGGCCAUGUGGAUGGAGAGCUCAUUAGGAGCUUGGAACAAGAUUUAAAGGUAGCCAAAGAUGUUUCUGUCAGACUGCACCAUGAGCUGGAGAGUGUGGAGGAGAAACGUGUUAAAGCAGAAGAUGAGAAUGAAGCCCUGCGGCAGCAAAUCAUUGAGGUGGAGGUAUCCAAGCAGACGCUGCAAAAUGAGCUGGACAAGCUAAAAGAGAGUUCCCUGAAGAGAAGAGGCAGCAGAGAAAUGCACAAAGAAAAAAAACCAUUUACCCAGGAGGACAGUGCUGAUUUGAAGUGUCAGCUUCAGUUUGCCAAAGAGGAAGCAGCGCUGAUGCGUAAGAAGAUGGCCAAGCUGGGGAGAGAGAAGGACGAGCUGGAGCAGGAGCUCCAGAAAUACAAAUCCAUCUAUGGAGAUGUGGACAGUCCUCUACCUACAGGAGAGGCUGGAGGCCCACCCAGUACCAGAGAGGCUGAGCUGAAGCUUCGGCUGAAGCUGGUGGAGGAGGAGGCCAACAUACUGGGCAGGAAAAUAGUGGAACUGGAGGUGGAGAACAGGGGGAUUAAAGCUGAGAUGGAGGAUAUGAGGUGCCAGUAUGAGAAAGAGUGUCUCAGCAGGGACCACAUUUCAAGCAUUCCUACCUCACCCUACGGCGACUCUGUGGAGUCGGCCACGGAACUGCGCCGACACCUGCAGUUUGUGGAAGAGGAAGCAGAACUGCUGAGGCGGUCAAUUUCCGAAAUCGAGGAUCAUAACAAACAGCUAACCAAUGAGCUGAACAAAUUCAAGUUUGAGCCAGGCCAGGAGCCGGGCUGGCUGGAGGAUGCAGCGUCCAAGUGCGGCGGGCCAUUGCAGGAGGAGCUGAAGUCUGCCAGGUUGCAGAUCAAUGAGCUGAGCGGGAAAGUGAUGAAGCUGCAGUACGAGAACAGGGUCCUGAUGUCCAAUGUGCAGCGGUAUGACCUUGCUUCCCACCUGGGCUUGCGCACUUCCAGCCCCAGGGACAGCGAUGCUGACAGCGAUGCGGGUAAGAAGGAAAGCGACAGUGAAGAAGGUCGCCCGCUCCAGCCAAAGAGAGAGGGGCCGAUUGGGGGUGAGAGUGACUCCGAGGAGAUUUAUGAGAAGACAUCAGGUUUUGGGAGUGGGAAGCCGUCAGAAGUCAGUGACCUGUGCUCCACUGACUUCAUGCGAGCUAAAGAGGACACCGAGUCCUUAAUUAACAUCAAACGUGAGGCUGAACGCCUUGAAAGGACUGUAGAUCGUCUUAUCACUGACACAGACAGCUUGAUUUAUGAUGCAAAGGUGCAUAUAACCAGCAGCCCAUCCACUGAGCAGGAUUUCAAAAGUGAUGAGCGAAAGGAAGAAGAUAAGCAUGAACCAGAGCUUCUGGAUGCCAUCAAUGCCAGGAUGAAAUCUUUCCGGAAAGAGCUACAGACCUUCCUGGAGAAGGUUGAUCACAUAGGGGAGGGCCUUAAGGAGCAGGUGGAGGACCUCUCACCUCUUCCCCAUCUCACAGAGUCUUCUAGUUUCCUAUCCACGAUGACGUCUAUGUCACGAGACUCUCCCAUUGGUAACCUGGGGAAGGAGUUAAUCACAGACUUUCAGUCCAAACUGAGGGAUCAGAAGGAGUGGCAGCUCAAACAAGAUCGUGGAGAGGAGCGAGAAAUUCACCACCAGCGAGUCAUCACCGACCCACACCGCAGAGCUGAUGGAGACAUAAAACUCUACAGGCCAGGAGACAAGGGCUGUUUCAGUCUAGAGAGUGUAUCGAUACAGGAGCUUCAGGCUCAGCUUGAGCAGGAGGCAAGACUUCACCAGGAGGAGCAAGAAAAGUUUACAGAAAAGAUCAUUCAGCUGGAAGAGGAGCAUAUGCAGACCCUGAGGAGGAAAGAUUUGGAAGUGCAGAGCUUGACUUUGCAGAACAAACUGGAAGAAAAGACUUGGAGCCAGGAGAAAAGUUUGCUGCAGCAAGAACUCAGGCAUUUCAAGCAGGACACUUUCCUCGUGUAUGUCAAACUGAAGUGGCUGCUGAAACACUGGCGGCAAGGCAAGCAAAUGGAGGAUGAUGGGGAGGACAUACUAGAGAUCGAGCAUCUUGAAGCCCUCCCAGAAUUUGGCAUUCAGUCUGAGCAGAAGGCGGAUGAUGUGGAGCGAGAGGAGGAGGAAGAGGAUGUUGUGUUUGCACUGACAGAUUUCUCCCAGCGUCCCACUACAGAAAGUACGGAUCACGGACCACAGCUGCAGACUGCAGAGUUACUGCAGCAGCAGAAGCAGGCAAGUGAGAAUCGGAAGCUGCUGAGUGCUGUGAAGGGCCUGCUGGAUGACUUCCGCUCCGAGCUGCGGGACGAUGAGCGCGAGCGCCAGGGGCUCCAGCAACAGUAUGCCCUGGACAAGGCAGCCUGGGAGGUGGAAAUGACUGAGCUGAAGUGCCAUCUGGAACAGCUGGAAGGGAAGAAUGAGAGCAGCUUAGGAGAAACAGGCCUAACUUCUGAUGCAAAGGGAGCUUUUAAACGGGAAAGAGAGGAGCAUAAGAAGCUUCUGGCUGAGACUCACGGUGUGGUGAUGGACCUCCGCUGGCAAAUCCAGCACAGUGAGAAGAACUGGAACCGAGAAAAGGUGGAACUCCUGGACAGGCUUGAUAGAGACCGGCGAGAAUGGGAACGCCAAAAGAAAGAGCUGCUCAGGCGAAUAGAGCAGCUUCAGAAAGAAGUGAGCCCACGAAGAGGAGGGGGCUUUCUAUGUGACCAGAAGGAGAGUAACCUUCGUCCAUUUACAACCCAGGGGAACCUUCACAUGCCCCGUCCGAUGGGGUCAAGAUCCUACUCUGACUCAGAUGCCAUUCAGUUUGAUGACCGGUCACUGUCCAAGCUGAAGGAAAGUGAUCGGUGCAGCGCCACAGAGAACCUCUUCCUGGAGUCACUGUCUCUUGAUUCCCCCGAUGAGUCGGAGGAACAUCGCUCCCGGCAGCUGGAGCGAGAGAAAUUUGUGACCGGAUUAACAGAAGAGGAAGAAACACACAAAGGAAAUCUUCAAAGGGCAAUGUCCGUUUCUUCCAUGUCAGAAUUCCAACGCUUAAUGGAUAUUUCUCCAUUUCUACCAGAAAAAAACUUGCCUUUAUCCAGCAGCAAAGAUGACAUAACCCCUCCUUUGUCUCCUGAUGAUCUGAAAUACAUCGAGGAGUUCAACAAAAACUGGGAUUACAGUAGCACCAGGAAUCAAGGGGGGGGCACCGAGAAGCCUGCAGAAGGGUGGACAGAAAGGACAGAAUCUGGGAAAGCUGGGAAUGAUCCUACUCCAGAUCCCUUCCAGGCCUCAUCGUGGUACCUCACCACCAGCGUCACAAUGACAACCAACACCAUGACAAGCCCUGAGCACUGCCAGAAGCAGCCCACAAGGAGUCAUGGUGUAACUGAAAAAAUGGGAGUUCGGAUCUUCCACAGCCCACCAGUGGUCCGUAGGUUUGAUAACUCAGUGAUAACUGGCAGUGAAGGGAAAAACCAAGUGGAGCCAGAUUUCCUGUUUUCUAUGACCAAAGCUAUGGGGAACGUUGCUGACACAAAAGGUCCUUCCUCCGACAUGUUUGGAAGAUGGUCUUGUGACCUGACCAAACACCAUAAGGAUUUUCUGGAGAAUGGUCUUCAUCCCAUUGAACGUCCUAUUUGCACUACUGUGGGCUUUGCCUCACCCUUGCACAGCUUGGAGAUGUCCAAAAACAUGAGCGAUGAUAUGAAGGAGGUUGCUUUCUCUGUCCGAAAUGCGAUACGCUCUAACUCUAAUUCAGGAGAGCCUCAGUUUAAGGACACUGCAUGUCAAACCAAUGGCAUGAGAACAACAGGGACGCAGACCACCCAGACCAUCAGUGUUGGCUUGCAGACAGAAACCCUGCGCAAUAUCACCAGCAGUCCACACAAGUGUCUGACACCAAAGGGGGGGUCCACGCCUGUCUCUUCACCAUCCAGAAGCCUGAGAAGCAGGCAAGUGACCCCUGUCAUUGAAAAGGUCCAGGCUAAGUUUGAACGCACAUGUUGCUCCCCUAAAUAUGGCUCUCCAAAGCUGCAAAGAAAAAUUCUACCCAAAUCAGACCAGCCAAAUAACAGGACUUUGCCUGGCACACCUCAGAAAGGAUUCAGCGAGUCUGCUUGGGCUCGAUCAACUACUACAAGGGAGAGUCCUGUCCAUACCACCAUCAAUGAUGGCCUCUCCAGUUUGUUCAACAUCAUUGACCAUAGCCCCAUCUUUCAUGAGACCUUCCAAAAAUGUCCCAGGUCUAGCAGCCGAUCCAGGUCAGCAGAACCCAGACCAGAGCUGGGCCCGUUGCAGGAACCUUGUACUAAUGCCCGUGGCAGAUCACCCAGUCCUCUCCGUUUGGGUACAGAGACACAAAAGGAAGAUGGGACUGAGGUGACAAGUAUCAGGCAGGACUUAUCUGCUCCUCCAGGGUAUACACUUACAGAAAAUGCUGCCAGGAUCUUGAAUAAGAAACUUUUGGAGCAUGCCUUAAAAGAAGAGAGAAGGCUACCUUCACACAGCCCACCAAAUCUUAGCAAUGACAACAGCACAGGAGAAAUUGUCAAAGUAGAUCCAGGGUCCAUAGAGAACCAAACUGUCUUAUUAACUGCCCCGUGGGGACUCUAACCCUGCCUGCCUCACUGCUGUAAGUCCUUUCUACCUUGUUUCCACAGCUUUCUGAAAGUGGUCACUUUGAACAAGUGUGGUAUUGAAAGGAAAUAAAUGACCCCAGCCACAGUGGUGCUCACCUGACAUCUCCGUGUAGUCCUUUGUACAGAAUGGUCUGGGGGUGCUCAGAAUAGAAACCCAAACUGCUACCUCCUGUGGUAGCAUGAGCAGGGAAUGUGCAUGGUCAUGGAGAAGUGACACAGGUCAGAAUUUGUGUGGUUGGGUUUUUUGUUUUAGUUUUUUUUUUCUUUUCUUCUGAGGACCAGUUUACAGUAUCCAAAAAUGUUGGGGGGAUAUUCAGAUUUUUAACUUUUUUUUUUUAUCACUUUACACUCCUGUGUGGGGCUUCUGGCUGCUGUGUUCCCUUAGGCUGUAUCUGUAGCAGCAGGUGGAGAGGGCUGGGGAGGGGGUCAGCCUGUGGCUGACAGUCACAUUCCAUCGUUAAGCUGCUUCUAGUUUUGGCCAGUGCCAGCUGGCUGGCUGGACCAUUCACUCAGCCUCAGAGCCAGAAAAUUGCCUAUUUUAUGUAUUUAUUCAUGUAGGCAUAGCCACAGUGGCUGGCAGCCUGACCUAGGAAAUAGCUAGAAACUAAAACUGAAACCUUCUUUCCAGGCUAAAAGAGGUGCUGCUUCUCCACCCACUCCUCAAGUAACCAUCAAAGUAAAUCACCCCUAGGAUGUCAGGUUUUUUCAACAUGACUAGCUUUUGCAGCUGCACAUGUUAAGGGAGGACACUUGGAUCUCAAAAACCACUCCUGGCAGUUCCCUUUAGAUGGCUUGAUUUCCUUAAUACACUCUGAGAAAGUUAGCAUCUGCCCUUGGGUUCUGCUUGGCAUCCAACAUGAUACCUACAGCAUUGGGCUGCCGCUCCCUCCUCUGCAAGAUGGCAGUGUAGCAUGGUGUUACGCUGGGCAAGUGCCUGGCACCAAUGAGAUAGGAUGAGCCUAAACCUGCCAUUCUGAACAAGCUGGCCUACAUCUGUGGGUAUGCUCCAACCUGGCCAACGCCAGGUUGGCUGGGGCUUUGUGCAGCCUGAUCUAGUGGGAGGUGCCCCUGCCCAUGCAGGGGGUUGGGACUGGGUGGUCCCUAAGGUCCCUUCCAACCCAAACCAUUCCGUACACAAAGACACUUACCAACUGGGUGGCAGCAGUGGAAAUAAAUAUUGUUAUACACUGCUGACUCUCAUUUACUGCUGUGAAACCAGGAUAAAGCAGCCAGAAGCAAGCAGCACUAUGAAGAUGCCAUUUUAAGCUUCUUGUUAGAGGGAGUCAAAAGCAAAGCUCACAAAUUACACAGCCUGGAUUCAUCAUGUUGCAUGGCUGGUAGGUACAGCUAUGCACAAAGAUACCAAAAAUGAGUGGCAGCUCUCAGACCCCAGGAGUGACGGGAUAGGGUGAAGUAAGGACAUGGAGUCAGAUUUCUCCUUAGCACUGGUUUAUGUUUCAGCGAGGGCCACAUCUGCGCUUGCAGCACAGGGCUGGGGGGAGAGGAUGUGCAGUGAUGGUGCAUGUGUAGGCCUGAAGCCAUGGCCAAGCGCCCACCCGGUGCUCCUGCUGCCCAGCACUGAGGGCUGACAGGCAUGGCUCUGCCUGGGAAUGGGCUGCAGCUGAGCUGGUCGCGUAUUGCUCAAAGACACUGAGCUCUGGCCCUUCACAAGGCUUCCCUGCCCCAACCCUCUGAGGCACUUUCCACAGACUGCACACACCUGCACGGGCUCCAUUUCCAGUACUACUGCUCCAUGUCUUUGAAAUCAGUCUCUCUGUCAUGUAACAUCCCAACCCAACCGAGACGUUCGAUGGCAUAUCACCGUGUUUGUUCACUGCCCAUCACAUCAUGUUACCUAACCCAAUAUUCUCCAUUAUCUUCUCUGUUUGAAACUCUGUGCUGAGUCUGCUGCUUCCAACUGUGUUGUUUUACUCCUCCCUUGGCUUCCCUUUGGCUUACUGUGCCAGAGCUUGUCUUUUGCGUUGUGUCACUCCUGAUCUCUCUCUUCAUUACCACCAGCUUGUAUUCUGUUGUAUAGACUGAUAUUUAUUUCACUCUCUUCAAUGUAUGCAGAUCUAUAGAUUGACUUGUUUAGACUCCUCUGACUUGUUUUGAUAAAUGCAGAAGUAUGCAGAGAAAUUCAGAAUUUUUACUUUACAAGCCAAGCUUGCUCCUACAGUCAGUCACCUUGAUGCAGUGAGAACAGAGAGUCAGGCAAGAAGCCUGGCUGUGCAGUUAGCAGAGCCCAUAAAUACAAGAAGCAAUUAUCAACCUAGUGCCAGGAUUAAAAAUAACAAGUGCAUAUGAUUUCUAGUAGGACAGGUAGUCUGAAUGGUGGAAAACUGGUGGAGAAAUAUAAUUUCAGUUUUCCUCCAUUUCUGUAAAUGUCAUCUUUAAUGUACAGUAACACUGAUUCCUGUAAUUCAAGCAAAACCAGCUGGCAGUGAGGAGUGAUGUUCCAGAAGUUGAAAUCUAGAGGUAAGCCUCAUCCUUAAUCCAGCUGAGGGUGGUCACAGCUGGCCCUACAGUUGUUAUUCUACUACAAAGAGGUCUUUCCUGCAUGUGAGUCUGAAAUCUGAGGCAGACAGGAAUCAGUAGUUGAUUUUCACCUUACUUCCAAAUGCCAGACCUGGCCUACACUUGGAGCAAUGCAAUGAGUAUAAUGCAUUAUCGUGAUAUUAUCAUGCAAAUGUAUUUUUCUAGCUCAAAAAGAAUUAGUAAAUGGAAGCUUGUCAGCUACUUCAGUUCAUCCCAGACCUCUUUCUUUCAUUCUCUCCUUAUCUGAUCCAUAAAUCACAGACAUGUACACAAAUAUCGGAGCCCAUACACAGAAAGAUGUUCACUGCUCGUUUUUGUCCUGGGUCAUGACAGAUGCUUAGCUUUAGCUUGAAUUCUACUUAUUUUUUAAUUAUUUCCACAUCCAGGUGGCUUCUAAUGCUAGUCACUAACCACUGUUUUGCUCUUUUGG